AUGGCCCUAUGUCUUGCUCCAACAUUGAAAUUCAAAGGCAGAGACCAGGCGACUCAGUUCCUCGGUCUAAUCCGCGAUAUCUACCAGGUAACAUAUAAGGAUGAAGACGAAUGUCGGGCAUACUGCUGGUUUCGCAAAGAUGAUGACCCGUGCACGGUCCAGGGAUUCGAAUUUUACGAGAAUGAUAAUGCCCUUACAGUCAUACACCGGUCCUCCAACCCUUAUAAGAAAAUGAGGAAAUUUCUAGCCGCUCUGCAAAGCACAGGGUCCAAGGAUGCCAAAUUUCCACCCUUGAUACUUAUGACUCCGGUCGAGGGGUUUGUGAAUAAUAAUAACAAAUCACUCCACUUUGAGAGUCGAAGCUGUAAGCUUACGAUUACAAAGAUUGAAGUCUGCAGCGACCAUGGCGAGGCAAAAUCCAUCUUGACGUCUUUGGGGAGUCUUGCCCGUAAUCUCAAUAGCAAGGUCAUGGGAUUGGCAUGUUUUGUAGCCGUGACUGAAGAAAAAGAAGGAGACCAACCAAAUAAUCACUCUGCCGUUGAUCAUUCUACAACGGCUCAUUUUUUAUUUGUUCAAUGCUACUCGUUAGAGAGCGCCUCUCCCGAGCUGUUUGAAAUGAAUACUCAAUAUUUGUAA